AUGCGACCAUGGGAGCUGGCAGUGAAUAGGUGGCCUCCUUCAGCGCCCAUUAACCAGCGGAGGUUCUUGGGACCCUGCAGCGCCCCAGCACACCUCAGGCGAAGCCCUCCAGUGAGGCGUCAGUGGGGAAGGAGGGACAGACCUCAACAGAGUAUCGUCAGUCAGGAUGAUAGUUCCUUGUGGGCUGCCUUCUUUCCUGUAGAUGAACAUAGAGUUUACGCCCUCACCAGCACUCCACCACGAAUGCUCCACCCCACUUCACACUCCACUCAGCAAACGCCAUUCAUGGUUGACCUUCAUGAACAGGUGCACCAGGGACCUGUCCCUCUUUCAUACACUGUUACAACAGUAACCCAAGGUUUCCCUUUGCACACUGGGCAGCACAUCCCAGGGUGCAGCACGCAGCAGCUGCCAGCAUGUUCUGUCAUGUUCAGCAGCCAGCACUACCCACUUUGCUGCCUGCCUCCUCCAAUCAUCCCAGGGUGCACCAUGCAGCAGCUUCCUGUCUCGUACCAGCCAUUUCCUCCUCUCUUAUCCAGCGAACAUUACAUCUUGCACCCUCACCCACCGCUGCCACCACACCAGCCGCCUCAUUUGGCCUCUCUGACCCCAUUUGUAACGGUGCAACCACAGAGAGUGGUAAGUCCACUGCAGAGGAUAGACAAUGAGUUAGAGCUUCGAGGGGACCAACAUCACAUGGGCAAUUUCCCAUUCCACCACUCUCACCCUGUGCCUGCAAUACCCCAUUCAGCGCCCAUGCAUUACCUCUCCCAUGAUGCACUGCACCAGGAGCUAUCCUUUCCAGUGCCAUAUGCCCAUUUGAUGCCACGGCGAAUAAAUGCCCAACGAUAUCGUCUGCAGCAACCACUGCCGCCUCCUGCACUGCCACCUUCAUAUUAUCCCAGCUUUCUCCCCUACUUUCUUUCCAUGCUUCCUGUAUCUCCCACUUCUGUUGGCCCAGCAAUCAGUUUGGAUUUGGAUGUGGACGAUGUGGAAAUGGAGAACUAUGAGGCACUGCUUAACUUAGCUGAACGCUUAGGAGAAGCAAAACCCCGUGGACUCACCAAAGCCAACAUUGAGCAGCUUCCAUCAUACCGCUUCAACCUUGAGAGCCAUCAGUCUGAGCAGACAUUGUGCGUGGUGUGCUUUAGUGACUUUGAAAGUCGGCAGCUUCUUAGAGUGUUACCUUGUAAUCAUGAGUUCCAUGCAAAGUGUGUUGAUAAGUGGCUCAAGGUAUGUAUGUAUGUUGCUGUACACUUUUUUUUUUCAUAUCAAGUAUGUAAUUUAGCCAGACAAUACCAGAAAAAGGGUAAAGCAGCUCCAGCCACUUCCUGUUUGUGCAGAUCAGCUGUGUGGUAA